AUGCAAAUGAAAAGUUACAUAAAGGUGUUUGUGGACGUGUUUGCGUUAGGAAAUGUAAAUGAGGCUAAGAACAGAUAUGUUACUGGAACAGUUGGAGGUAGAAAGAAUACAAAGAAUCUUCACCAACUAUCAAGGCACAUUCACAAGUUGGCUGCAAAAGUGGCUGUGGAAAACCAGUUAGAAGAAUCCGUCACCAACAGUUUUGCCUCAUUCAUCCAUGAGAUCCGCCCCGAUCACCUCUCUGAUAUUGUGCGGCACAGAAGUAAGCGCAUGAUCCUGGACAGCAUUGGGGUCGGACUGGUUGGCAGCACAACUCAUGUCUUCAAUAUCGUGGUGAAAUACUGCCAGGAUCUAUACUUUUCAACAUCUGGAAAUUCUGCCCUUUGUUCAGUCUAUGGACAGAAAGGUUUAAAGCUCUCUCCAACCCUGGCUGCCUAUGCCAAUGGAGUUGCUGCUCACUCCAUGGACUUUGAUGACACGUGGCACCCUGCCACACACCCUUCUGGUGCCGUGCUUCCUGCCAUCCUGGCACUGUCACAGAUACUUUCACAAGGCAGAGAGAUCAGUGGUGAGGAACUGCUGACGGCUUUCAAUGUGGGGAUUGAAAUACAAGGAAGACUUAUGGGUUUCUCCAGCGAAGCAAAGAGCAUUCCUAAAAAAUUUCAUCCACCAUCCGUGGUCGGCACAAUGGGAAGUGCUGCAGCAUCAGCCAAACUCCUCUCAUUAGAUAAAGAUCAAUGCACUCAUGCCCUGGCGAUUGCAGCCUCCCUUGCUGGUGCUCCUAUGGCAAAUGCUGCUACCCUGGCUAAGCCCCUGCACAUUGGCAAUGCCACAAGGUUAGGUCUGGAAGCUGCUAUCCUGGCUGCUAAGGGAAUGGAGGCCAAUACUCUUAUACUUGAUGAUGUGCCUGGCUGCGCUGGGUUUAGUGCAUUUUAUGGCGAUUACCAGCCUACGUCAUUAUGUCCACCAGGAGAACAUUAUGAAUUUCUCCUUGAGAAGCAAGACAUUGCAUUCAAGUCUUUUCCUGCACAUCUAGGAAUGCACUGGGUCGCUGAUGCUGCUGUCUCAGUUAGGAAUAGAGUUGUCCAACAAUAUGGCUCAUUUGACGCAUCCGCUAUUCAGUCUAUUGUUCUUAGAGUCCCAGUAUCCAAAUACAUUAACAGGCCCUACCCAGACUCAGAGCACCAGGCUCGCCACUCUUUCCAGUUCAAUGCCUGCACCGCACUCCUGGAUGGUGAAGUCAACAUCCGCUCCUUCCAUGAAGACAUCAUGUUUCGUACAGAACUCGAGAAUCUCCUGAGCAAAGUGGUGGUAGAACAUCCCCAAGAUAAUGAAGCCAACUUUGAUAAGAUGUAUGCAGAGGUGGCUCUGCUGUUGAGAAAUGGGGAUCUGGUGACCGGGAAAUGUGACACUUUUUAUGGGCAUUGGAGAAAACCACUGAGCCGGGAAUCACUGCUGAAGAAAUUCUCCUCCAAUGCCAGACAUGUCCUGCAGGAAGACCAGGUGCAAGGAGUAAUACAGAUAGUAGACAAUCUGGAGAGUGUAAAAGACAGCUCCCUACUGCCAUUGCUACUUCAGUAACUCACAUAAGAAUUACUCUUACUCUGUUUACAACAAUCCUAAGGCAGGACUUUAGGGUGAUAUUUAUUGAUCAGUGUAUAGUGUUUAUUAUGGGUCUAUUUUUCUGA